AUGGGCCCACUGUACGCUCCCUCAUGCUGAUGCCAGGCCCGUAAUCUGCCAUGGGCCCCCGUACCCGACGUCUUCCUCUUGCUGCUGACCAGGCCCGUAUCUGUCAUGGGCCCCUGUACCGCCUCCUAUGCUGCUGCCAGGUCAGAGUGUGUCCAUGGGUCCCCCCUGUACAGCCUCCCAUUGCUGCUGUCUCCAUCGCCACACUCUGCCAUGUGCACUUUCAGGUCUCCUCGCACACUGCUGGUGGGUUCCAUUUUGUCAUUGGGUGCUGUAUGGCCUCCCAUUGCUGCUGUCUCCAUCGCCACACUCUGCCAUGUGCCACUUUCAGGUCU